CUGACGGAAGCUUGUUGAAGUGAGAAAAGACAAUCUUACAGAUUGAAAGGAAGGCAGUUUACUUGGUAUAGACUAGUGCUUUCAGAUCACAAUUGUGACAUGGCUGCAAAACCAAUUGACGAUACCAUAUGGAGGGGUAGUUUCAUGAUCUCCCGUCCAGAGAUGAGAUUGAAUCUUACAGCCCAUCUAUCAAGUAAAGCGUGCGCAAAAGUAUGGCUGGCAGCUAAAGAGAUGGCGGAGGUGAUCUAUCCUGAAUUCCUUCCUAAGCGUGAUGUGUGGCCAAAGAGUUUUAAAAGUGCUAAACUGAUUGAUGAUAAUAUUGCCAUUUAUUUCUUUUCAGUUAAAGGCAGAGAUGAUCAAGUUUUUGAAAAUCUGCUGUAUAAUUUAAGACACUACGACAUUGCAUUAAGAGCUUUGGUUGGUGAUUCUGAACUCCUGAUUUUUACUUCUGCCCAUCUGCCAGAAAAGCAUCACAUUGCAGGAUUUGAGGGUAAAGUAUAUCUAUGGGGCGUCUUUAGUGGAAGACAAGCUCCUCCUCAAGAGUCUCCUGAUGAUUGUUUUAUUCAUAAUACCCGAGUGACACAAGCUUCAAUCCCAAAUUCAGCAAACGAUGGGAAGGAUAGAAGUUGCAAGGAAUUCUCCAAUAGGAAAGAUCCUUCAACUGCCUCAAAAUCGGCUAGAAAGGGAAGACCACUUGAUGACGCUUGGCAACAUGCUACUCCAGUAGAUGGAAAGAAGCAGAGGACAGUUUGCAAUUACUGCGGAUUUAUCUCUUCCUCUGGAGGCAUUACUUAUCUUAAGACACAUCUGGGUGGAGGUGAUCCGACGGGUUCACUGAAGGGUUGUCCAAAUGUACCACCAGAAGUCAAAAGGGUGAUGAAAGAAUGGUUACUAGGAACUAUAAGAGGGGGGAAGGCCCCACAGCUACAGGAAAUCAGGACUGACUUUGAAGUACCUGCAUCCAAAAAAUCAGUUAGAAGGGGAAGGCCACUUGAUGCUGCCUGGGAUUAUGCUACACCAGUUGAUGCAAAAAGACAGAGAGCAGUGUGCAAGUAUUGCGGUUUCAUAUCUUCUUCUGGAGGAAUUACACAUCUUAAGGCACAUUUGGCUGGAGGUGAUCCAAAAGGGCCCUCAAAAGGUUGUCCCAAUGUGCCGCCUGAAGUUAAAAGGGCAAUGGCAGAAUCGCUCAACAGAACAGUUAAAGGAGCGAAAUCCAUGCAGCCAGAUGAGAUCAGGAGGUACAUGAAAGCGGAAAAUGAUUGGUCUCCUCCCAGGUCAGAUGACUACUCGUUGAAUCAACAUAGAAUUGUCAAGAAUGCUCAGUACUCACAUUUUGCCAAUGGGAAUUCUGUUAAUGAUAUGACCCUGUCAAAGCAAUCAGAGACUGCACAUGUUGAUAGUUAUAUGGAGGUUAUGAGUUCUCACAAUGCUUGUAAGUCGAGCUUCUUAAGCAAACCUUCAACUCGAGUAGGUUUUAUUUAACGUGUGCAUCAGUAGGUUGAGGACUAAGAGCUAGGAAGUCGCUUAAAUCUAAUGGUGGGUACAUGCUCCAUUAAUUUAUGACAUGACAAAACAUACAUGAGGACAGAUGAAAAAGUUGAUUGUGCUACUUUAUCAACAAAGAGGUUCUUUUGAUGUACAAACACCUUUUAACCCAAAGCUUGACAACGACAACAUGGUGACAUUGCUUGUGAUUAUUGUAUCUAUGUAUUUAUUGCGACGUUCCCUCCAGUUUGGAGUGAUUUUGCAGUUCUAUUAAACAGGUUGAGAAUCUCCUCUUUAGUGUACGAACAUUUGAAAGUUCUGAAGUUGAUACUUGCUCA